AUGGAUUAUGGUAUGACCUAUUAUCAAGACAGAACCGCCAUUUCUACAUUUCAGUCCGAAUACGCUACACGAAGUCCAAGUAAUGUUGCCCUGGGACAAAAUGAUCGUAAACUAACGGGUUUCACGCUCAAACCCGUGGUAACAUCGACUUCUCAACCUGCCUAUCACACCCGCAAGACGAUUUCAAUAAAACCGAUGAUGGAAGGAUGUUCUGCCAAAACGGACAUUGUAUUUUUAAAAACGCACAAAUGUGGCAGCAGUACUGUUCAGAAUAUUCUGUUUCGUUACGGAGACAAGUACAAUUUGACCUUUGCUACACCGAAAACUCAAUUUGUUAACAACAUGGGCUGGCCAAACUACUUUGAUAAGAGAUUUCUUCUCGAGGUUCCAUGGAAUCGAUACAAUAUAUUCGCAUUCCACACAAAGUUUAAAUACAAAUCUAUCAGUUCCAUAAUGUCACGUGACAGUGUCUACAUCACCAUACUGCGAGAUCCCGUCAACCAGUUCGAGUCCGUGUUCAGUUAUUAUCGAAUAGAUAAAAUGUACAAAAUUCAAGCAGACGACAUCUCACAGGCGCUCAGAGUUUUUAUCUCUAAUCCAUUGCGUUUCUAUGAAAAGACACCCAUAGUUUUGGCGAAGAACCCGAUGUUAUUCGAUUUAGGAAUGGAGAUUUCCGCGUUUGAUAAAAAAGAAAGAGUUUUGGAGAAAAUUCGUGAAUUGAACUCAACAUUUGAUUUCGUCAUGAUUGCGGAACAAAUGGACCAGUCGUUAAUCUUACUACGUCAUCUUUUAUGCUGGGAUCUCGAUGAUGUAAUUUACUUUAGUUUGAACGCGAGGUUGUCAUCAGAACGGCGGGGGACUGUAACACAGUUAAUGGCUAACAGGACGCGAAACUGGAACGCUGGUGACGUCAUUCUGUACGACCAUUUCUACGAACUCUUUCAAAGACGAGUUCUGGAAUUCGGAAAGGCGAAAAUGGCGGACGAAGUAAAGAAACUGAAGCAAAAGAAAUUUGAUCUCUAUAAAUACUGCGUCAACGCCACUGCAAUCAAUUUGUUGACGAAUCAGACAUUCCUGUCACCCGGGAUUGAUAUAAAUAGUUUUCUUGUCAAUAAAUAUGCGCAGAACAAUUCCACGUGCGUCAGGUUGACGCAAUUAGAGUUGUCAUAUACUGAAAUAAUCAGAGACAAACUACUACAAAAUAUAAACACAUACAAUUCAAAUAAUCGUCAUCACGUGACUCAUGAUAAUACCACACACUUUGAUUUCCAAAACAACACAGUACAAUGA